CAUGGCGCCCGAGGAGACCUUUGGGUCCGAGCGCCUGCUAUGGAGUUUCGAGCGCCGCUUCCUGGCGGCGCGCGCGCUGCGCUCCUUCCCCUGGCAGAACCUCGAAGAGGAAUUAAGGGACUCCUCAGAUUCAGAGCUGCUGCUAGAUAUUUUGCAGAAGACAGUGAGACAUCCUCUGUGUGCGCAGCACCCACCGUCAGCGAAGUAUGCCCGGGCCUUCCUCUCGGAACUCAUCAAAAAGCACGAGGCCACCCACACGGAGCCUUUGGACGAGCUGUAUGAGGCGCUGGCAGAGGUCCUGACUGCCGAGGAGUCCGCCCAGUGCCACCGGAGCUAUUUGCUGCCUUCAGGAGACUCGGUCACGCUCUCUGAAAGCACAGCCAUCGUUUCCCACGGCACCACGGGCCUGGUCACCUGGGAUGCCGCCCUCUACCUCGCAGAGUGGGCCCUGGAGAACCCGGCAGCCUUCACUCACAGGACCGUCCUGGAGCUCGGCAGCGGAGCUGGCCUCACGGGCCUGGCCAUCUGUAAGACGUGCCGACCCAGAGCCUACGUCUUCAGCGACUGCCACGGCCGUGUCCUCCAGCAGCUCCGAGGGAACAUCCUCCUCAACGGCUUCUCCUUACAGCCCGACGUCACUGCUGACUCGGAGCGCCCCGUGGUGACGGUGGCCCAGCUGGACUGGGACGUGGCGACGGUCCCGCAGCUCUCUGCCCUCCAGCCGGACGUCGUCAUCGCAGCAGACGUGCUGUACUGCCCGGAUGCCAUCCUGUCCCUGGUCGGGGUCCUGCAGAGGCUGGCCGCGUGCCAGAAGGACCGGAAGGACCGGCAGGCCCCUGACGCCUUCAUCGCUUACACUGUUCGCAACCCAGAGACCUGCCAGCUGUUCACCACCGAGCUAGGUGAGCCCUGGUCGACCCGGCCGGCCCCAGGACCCUGCCAGGCAGAGCUAGGGCGGGCCGGGAUCCAGUGGCACACGGUUCCUCCUCACGACCAGAAGCUGUUUCCUUACGACGGGCACUCAGAGAUGGCCAUCCUCAAACUCACGCUGUAGGUUUCAGUGUUUCUGAAGGUUGCCAUGAGAAGGAAUCGAAUUGUGUGGAGACUGAGGACCAGGCGUGGAGGCAGCACUCUGCAAUGCCGUGGCCGUAGGGAGACCAGGGCUGGGCUCCAAGUGACCUGCACCUGCCCAUGGUCUGGCCGGCUGGGAGAGCUGGGGAGGGCCGUGGCAUGAGACCGGGUUGAGGGUGCUUCCCUCUCUUGUGAAAGAAAUCAACUUUUAAAAAUAACUUUCAUUGAUUAGGGCUAGCAGUUGGCGUGGUGGU